UACACCAACGACCAGGACUUGAUCAUUCCAUAUUCGAUUUUCUUUUUGUCAUUUUCCUGGGGCAAUGAAUUACUCUUUAAGUCAUCCUAUUUGAAUUGAGCCAUCUGUGUGUAUAUAUGUAUAUAAGCUGCAACAAUGCUCAAGUUCAUCUGACUGACAAUUUAUCCAAUUUCUGCUGUGUUAAAAGCAACAAUGCCAGGAUGCCAGACUUCUGUAGAGCUUCCCAUCCUAGACAUUUCGAAGCCAAUAAAUCAGUCUUCUCUGUCCUCUCUUGCUGAAGCCUGCAAAGAAUGGGGUUUCUUCAAUAUUACCAAUCAUGGAAUCUCUAAACAACUUUACAACAAAAUCUACUUGUUAUCACAGAACAUAUUUAGUCUCCCUUCCGAGAUAAAAUUUAAACUCGGUCCCUCAUCUUCUAUCAAAACUUAUACUCCUCAUUUCAUAGCUUCCCCUUACUUUGAAAGUCUUCGAGUUUCAGGACCAAACUUUCUUGCAUCUGCUCAGAGUUCUGCGGACGUCCUCUUUAACCAACAGAAUUCUGAAUUCAGCGAUGUGCUUCAGGAGUAUGGGAGCAAAAUGACAGAAUUAUCGAAAAGAAUAGUAGAGAUGUUAUUGUUGAGCUUGGGAGAUGGUCUUGACAAGAAAUUCUAUGAAACUGAAUUCAACAACUGCCAUGGCUAUUUGAGGAUUGUAAACUACACACCUCCAAAAAAUCUGGAAGAUGAAGUUGAAGGCCUAGGAAUGCAUACAGAUAUGAGCUGCAUAACGAUUGUAUACCAAGAUGAAAUUGGUGGGCUACAGGUAAAAUCUAGAGAAGGGAAAUGGAUGGACAUAAGUCCUUGUGAAGAAACGUUGGUGGUGAACAUAGGAGAUAUGUUGCAAGCUUGGAGCAACGAGAAAUUCAGAUCAUCAGAACAUCAAGUUGUUCUGAAGCAAUCAGCUAAUCGCCUGUCUCUUGCCUUUUUCUGGUGCUUUGAGGAUCAGAAGGUGAUCUCGGCACCAGACGAAGUUGUAGGAGAAGGAUGUGGAAGAAUUUACAAACCAUUUGUUUGUUCAGAUUAUUUGAAGUUCAGAGAGAGCAAUGAAAGAGGAAAGUUCGAAAAGGUUGGCUUCACUGUUAAGGAUUUUGCAGGGUUGAAUCUCUGAAUUACAUGACUGGGAAACUAAAUCAAAAAGUUUAGGUUCUUCUUCAUGUACUCAUUGGUCAUAUUAAUCAUUACUGAUCAUAAUUUCGUUUUUGUUAAUUAAGUUAUUAAAUCACUGGUUCUUAUGUUUGCUAGAGACCUCCAGCAAAGAUAUGUCAAAAGUGUGAGUAUAUAUAUUUGUUUAAAUGUUAUUUCUGUGGGAGUAAUGAAUGAGUUUGCAUCUUCCAGAGGUGAGUUAGUUGAGUUUGGGAGUUUGGGAGCUUUGACUUGUUAAGUACUUGAACACAUUAUAGAGAAAGGUUAUACAGUUGGAGUUUCAGUUGUACAGUUGGAGUUUUUUUAUUUUUUGAAUUGCUUUGUACAGUUGGAGUUCAACUUCCACUUUUAUAUGUUUGUA